UAUUGCUGCGUAUGGGGGUGGCUAUUUGUAUACAGUAUACUGUAUGAUCCAUUUCUGAGUAGCAGCGUCACUAUAGUCGUGUUAUACAAUACAGGCUGGUGUUCCAUUAUUGGAUUAUAAUUAUUGAGUCAUUCUUUCUCAGUGUUUUACUGACAAAGCUAGUCUCAUCUAAUCACAUCAUUGAAAUACACGAGCCAUCGCUGCAGUGUGUUUGAACAAACAAAUCAAAAUCUUAGUUUUCCCUGUAAACAAAACAAAAAAGAGAUUCUGCCUUAUGGAGUGACAUUCAAAACAUUUGACCCGUAGGACUUAAAAUAUGCCAGCUAUUAGAAAUAUUGAAAACAGUAGCCUAUUCACAUUUUACGUAGAACAUAAUAGAUAUUUCCAGUACGUCAUCAUGUGGUCAUAACUACGUCAUAAUAGAAAAAUCACUUCUUAUUGUCACAACAUUAUUUUAAUAUUCAAAACGCCAUUUGAUCAAUGAAACGCCGCCACUCAUAAACACUGAACGGGAAUUACAAGUGGACGUCUUUCAAACAGUCCUAGAUAUAUUUUUUGGUAUAUUCCGAUACUUACCAAGGAAGUCAAUAAGAUGCCUCUAGGCCACACUGUGGACUCCACUGACCCUGACAGUGAGGCUGCAGUCAAGAUGGAGCUGCACAAGCUUCAGCACCAGUAUCACACCCUGGAGAAUGAAUACAAGAUCUACUGCGACGAGGCGCAGCACCUGAUUCGACGACAGGGGGAUGAGAUCAGCGCUCUGUUAAAAGAGCACAAAGAGAUCGAUACAGACAUGCUGCUGCUGAACUCGGACCAGAAUGUCCUGCAGGAUGGGACUGACCUGAUGGAGAUGAAGUCCCUGCUGGAGAGCAAGGACAAGUAUGACAGGCUCAUCAAGAAGCACAAAGAACGCAUGAGCCAGCUGGACACACAGAUCAAAGAGAUCGAAGGAAAAAUCUUUGAGAAAAGGAAGAAAAUGGGAGGGCCGAUCGGUAAACAGAGGCAGACCGCCUCCAUGCAGAAGCACAUCAGAGUGCAGGAGAGCUGUCUACAGCAGGCCACUGUGCGUUUUGACAAACUGCUGGCCAAGAACACAGCCCUCCGAGAGGAGAUUGAGGACCACAGGUUCUGGAGGGACAAGUAUGGGAACUUCUUUCACAAAAUCAGCAGGGAACUGUGCCUCCAGCAGCAGCUCAUGAACAAGCUUGUGGAGCAGGCAACCGAGGCCUAUGACCAAAGGUCCGAGGCGCUGGCCCGCGCGUUAGCGGUGAGGGAUCGCAGUCAGAAGGACAAGGCCUUGUUCAACACGGAGGUGCAGGAGUUAUUGAGGAUCAUCGACCACGACCACAAACUCAGGAACUUCAUGAUGCACAAAUCACACGAGCGCAGCGUUGCCGAGGAUGACGAGCUGAAAGUCGCCAAAAAGAAAAACACCGAGCAGAGACUGAUUGAGCGGGUGGGUGGCGACUCCAUCGAGAGCUACCAGACUGCGUACCAGCGCGUGGUGGAGCUGACGGGGCAGGAGAACGUGGACGUGAUCAGGCAGCAGUUCAUUGAGAACGAGGAGAAGAACUUUGCUUACUUCAGCUACAUCAACGAGCUCAAUAACAAGACGGAGAUGCUGCAGGAAAAGAUACAAAAACUGCAGGGGGAAAUUCUUCAGUUCCAGUUUCAGAACAAGCAAUUAAAUGAGGACAGGCAUGCAGCCCUGAAGAACCUGGAGAUGACGCUGGAGAGGACGACUCUGCAGGCCAAUGACCUGGAGCUCCAGUACAGGCUGACCUGUAAAUCCCUGGACCAGCUCAAGACUGGCGUGGAGUCCCUCUUCACCAAGAUGAACUGCGACCCCUCUUCCAUCGUGAACAAGCUGGGGGGAAGGCAAGGCAUCACUGACUUCAACAUCGUGCAGUACAUCGGUAUUCUGGAGCAUAAGACCAGCGACCUGAUGAUGGCUCUGGCCUGUCUGGGCAUGAAGGAGGCCGAGUAUCAGGACAUUCCUCCCACUAACCCUCUACUGGGUGGCUCCUCGCUGUUGUCUGUUGUGCCGGACAUUAAAAUAGAAUUGCCUUCAGCCAUGGAGGGGAGCGACGCUAACCCAGUGGAGAUUCCAGAGUGGCCCCUGGAUUUUGAAUCCUUGCAUGACAAGGUUCUCCAGAAGGUCGCGUUUAAAGAGGAGCUCUGCAAAGGGAUGGAGGGGUCCAAAACAGACAGGGGGGUCCGUGACGGCAGGAAGACCCUGAAAAACCUGUGAGCAGCGCAGGCACAGCCAGCCACAUGCACCACGCCUCCCACCAUGAAAAGAUUCCCCCCUUAAGUAUUUAAUAUAUUAAUAAUAUCACAAGAAUACAACAAGAGCUUGAACUAACAGAGUUGCUAUUGAGUCACUUGACAUAGUGUGAUCACUCUUUGCUAUUUCAGCUACUGAAGGCUGUUGCGAGGACCCGAUUAGAAUUAGACAUACAGGGAACAAGGAAAUAGAAACACCUGCCAUCUAUAGAACACACUUUGCUGCCUGAUUAAUUUGAUAGGCAAAUGGCAUCUGAAAUAUAUUGUGGGAUAUAUGAAAGCUGUAUCUCCCUGUUUUCAAUUAGAAAUGUGUCAUUACAGCACACUUGAGUGAUUUUGAUAGAAGGUUGCUAGUAGGUGCUACAACGUGAUGUCGCAAAAGUCUACUGGAAGACAUAAUAGUAGUACAAUAUUUCAUGUUAGAUUUUAUAAUGUCACAUUUCUCAAUUUUUGUCAUUUUUUCAUGAAGUAUAUGAAAAACUAAAAAGCGGUGUGUAAUUCAAUAUGUUAACGUAACAUUAUUCAGUAAGCUUCAUUCGACUGUAUGAAGUUAAUUCUGUAGGAUGAUGCAAAACUUUUGGCCAUAGCUGUACGUGCCCCCUGUGUAUAGCACUGACAGCCUAUAAACCAACAGCCUCCAACAGCCUGACAUUACCUACCAUCUGUCUUCACACUUCUGACUGAUGACCUUUGAUAAGCUGAUGGGUACAGCCUAGUUUAGAGACAAUCUGUCUGUAAAAUGGAUUGGAUGCACAAGCCCAUUGUUAGUAGUUUGUUUAACAUUACAAAUAGCAUCCAUACUGUACGCACUAGAAAGAAGGACAGCACAUUGGAUUACAAAGCUUGGAAAAUACACCCCUAAUAAUUAUGCAAGUGCUGUGUUUCUUAAAUACACCUUUAGGUGGCACUAUAAGCAGAAUUAAGAAGUUGCUCUGACUUUUUUGCUUGAGUCAGGUAUCCCAAAGUGAGCUAUGAUUCAAACUCCCAUUUAAACCCUAGCAUCUAAUUGUUUGAGUGAGUAACAGGCACCUCCAGUGCCCCACUGACGCUGCAGCAAAUAUUAAUAAGCACAUGUUAACAGUGACACUCUCCCUCAUCCCAGACAGUGAUUUUUGUUAUUCAAAUGGAAUCCCUCAUUACUAUAUCAAAGCUCCAUCUCCCUUUUUUAAAAAAAGACUGAAAGUGUAGCUGUAGUGCUCUGUGUAUGGUU